AUGUGGAAGAUGACUGGUGUUGGUCAUGGUGCAGGAGAUUGGCAGGUGGUGUGGUAUUUCGUUUGGGAUACUGGUGCAUGGUUAGCAUUUCGUGGUCAUGAUGAAACUGAAGACUCGAAGAACCAAGGUAACCUUCUCGGACUUCUUCAUUUUCUAGCUCAGCAUAAUGAACAUUUCAAGAGUGUUAUUUUGAAGAAUGCACCUGGGAAUCUUAAAUUGAUAGCACCAGUGAUUCAGAAAGAUAUUGUGAAUGCUGCGGCCAAUGAAACCACAAAAGCUAUAAUUAGUGAUCUUGGAGUUGACAUAUUUUCAGUUUUGAUUGAUGAGUCUCAUGAUGUGUCAAUUAAAGAACAAAUGGCUAUUGCCAUACGUUAUGUAGAUAAAAAAGGUCAUGUACUUGAGCUAUUUCUUGCCAUUGUACAUGUUAGUGACACAACUGUAGUAUCAAUUAAGAUGGCUCUUGAGUCAUUAUUUUGUAAGCAUGGAUUGAGUUUGUCAAGAUUAUGUAGACAAGGUUAUGAUGGGGCAAGUAAUAUGCAAGGAGAAUUUAAUGGUCUGAAAAGUUUGAUUUUAAAGGAGAAUGAAUAUGCUUAUUAUGUUCAUUGUUUUGCUCACCACUUCAAUUGA